AUUUAACCCCUGCACCCAGGGCACAGCCGGCAAAGAGGGGCAGUUGGUAGACUCAAGGGCAGGCAGAUUGGCACGUUAGGGGCAGAGCAGGCUUUGCCCAGGAUUUGCAUGGGGAUUUGUGAAAAGGGAGAACACAGGAAGAGCUGACCACAGUGUUACAGAAUGGCUCUGUCAGAUCUUCCCAGCACCCCUUUGGCGCUAGAAUACCUUAAUGACUUUGACUUAAUGAAGUUUGAGGUAAAGAGGGAGCCACCUGAACCAAGGGCUACACGCCUAGCCCCACCCCCAUCUCUAGGCUCUACUCCAUGCAGCUCAGUACCACCUUCACCCACCUUCAGUGACCCCCCUGAAUCAGCAGGACCACCUCGUCCAAGUCUGGAAGAGCUUUAUUGGAUGGCAGCUUUACAGCAACAGAUGGGUGGGGAGGGACUACCGCUAACCCCGGAAGAUGCAGUGGAGGUGCUGAUGGGAGGAGCUGCACCUACUCUACAAGGGAUGGAGGGAGGAUACAGGACUGGGGGGCAACAUCCUCACAAUACUCACCCUUCAGGUUACUUGCUAAGUCCAGAAGAUAUGAAUCAGCAGCAUCAGCUGUCUCCCCUAUCUGAACGUUUCUCCGAUGAACAGUUGGUUGGAAUGUCAGUGCGGGAGUUAAAUCGCCAGCUCCGUGGUUUCAGCAAAGAGGAGGCUUUGCGGCUAAAACAACGCAGACGCACUUUGAAAAACAGAGGGUAUGCCCAGUCCUGUCGGUACAAGCGGGUACAGCAGCGCCAUGUCCUGGAGACCGAGAAGUGUCAGCUGUCUCGCCAGCUACAGCAACUUCAACAAGAAGUGGUUCGGGUGACCCGAGAGAGGGACGGCUGGAGAGCACGAUAUGAGAAACUGAUGAAUGCUACAGGAGGGGGCACUGGGGCAGAUGUGCUGGGUACAGGGGGAGACACGGGGUCGGGAGCUGAGCUCUUCCUGUGAUUUUCCAAUGAAAAGACUGAAACCCAACUCUGAAGGUGUUACUCGCUUUUAGGAGACUGACCUGCCCCUGAAGAUAAGAUUCAUAUUAUGCAAAGCCCCUAAUGUGCAUCAUGUAGGCCCUGAAAAGAUUUACUGCCCCUCCAUUAUUUUUCAGAACUCAGAAAACAUGUAAUUGUUUUGACUUCAAC